CAUAUGGCACUAAAGUCAUGAUUUAGCAAUCAGUAGCUUCAUUGUUGAAUCAGCACCAUAAUAAUAAAUUAAAUUUCUUCUCGAUUUCUCCCCCUUCACCAUUCACCACGUUUUACUCACCACGUUUUACUCUAGAGAAACCUCUUCACCAUGGAUCGGGGGAAGUUUACACUGAUGGGAUCGACCGUGUGUGUCAUGCUCAGUUUGCACUUCUCGAUACAGCUAGUGUCCCAACACUACCUCGCAUGGAAGAAGCCCAAGGAACAAAAGGCGAUCAUCAUAAUUGUCCUCAUGGCUCCGUUAUAUGCUAUUGACUCUUAUGUUGGCCUGUUGGACAUCAAAGGAAGUGAGACAUUCUUCACUUUCUUGGAUUCUGUCAAAGAAUGUUAUGAGGCUCUGGUCAUGGCGAAGUUUUUGAGUUUGAUGUACACCUACUUGAAUAUAUCCAUCAGCAAAAACAUAGUGCCGGAUGAGAUCAAAGGACGAGAAAUUCAUCACUCUUUCCCAAUGACUCUUUUCCAGCCUCAUACUGUUCGUUUGGACCACAAAAACCUUAAACUUCUCAAGGACUGGACGUUGCAAUUCGUUGUGAUCCGACCUGUUUGCUCUGUCUUGAUGAUAGCGUUUCAGCUUCUCGAUAUGUAUCCUAGCUGGCUGAGCUGGACAUUCACCAUCAUCUUGAAUGUGUCUGUUUCACUGGCCCUGUACUCUCUUGUUGUGUUCUACCACGUUUUCGCAAAGGAGUUGGCACCUCACAAACCUCUUGCAAAAUUCUUGUGUGUCAAAGGCAUUGUCUUCUUCUGUUUCUGGCAGGGAAUCAUGCUUGAUAUUCUCGUAGCGAUCGGGAUAAUAAAAUCGAACCACUUCUGGCUGGACGUCGAGCAUCUUCAGGAAGCGCUUCAGAACGUACUGGUGAUUGUGGAGAUGGUUUUCUUCUCCCUCCUCAUGCAAUACGCGUACAGCGCUGAACCUUAUCGCACUGGGUCGGUUUCGGCCAAGGCUGAAGAGAAGAAAAAAGAAUGACGAGAGACGCUCGUUCGAGCGAUCGUCUUCGGUUGCUGUUCCUUUUAUACGGCAGCGCCAUGGUGUAUUAAUGCUCCGGCUCUACUUGUUUUGUACGUUUAAUAAUAGCAUGGCUUGUGUUUAAGGCUGUGGUUAGUACAUUAAUUAUUAUAAGAAUGUGUAAUCGAUUGUAUCCAAGGAUAGAUGCAUAAAUUUGUUUUAGUAGGAGCUAUAUAUACUAGAGUUUUGGACAA